AGUGUUAGAGUUUCUCUCUCUAUGAAUUCCAAAUUUAUGUUGGGUUCCACAAUCUCCCGCUCAAAGACAACUCCCUCUCUCUCUCUAUUUAGGUCUUCUCUAUCUCUCUUUUGUCUUAGAUUCAUUCCAUAAAUUACUCCCUCUCUCUCUCUAUCUCACUACAAAUUUUCGAUUUCAACAACAAAAUGAGGAGGGUUCCUUUCUUCAACUCAAAACAGUUUUCUGGAUCUAUGGAGUUCACUGAGUCAUUUAAACAAACAAGGUCCAUGUUGUUUCAACAUCUAUGGAGUCAUCUUGCUGCUGUUGAUAAGGAUAAAGCAAGCAACUAGGAGUUCAGAGAGUUGGUAUACAGGUAAUGGUGCUCAACCAUCGAUGCAUAACCAUUAGACCCACAGCGAUCGAUGCACACCGAUAGCCACACAGUGAUCGAUGCACUGCCAAACAGUGAACCAAAAUUUUGUGAGGCUGCUGUGAACCGAAACACCGCGAGGCCGAUUGUUGUGAACCGAAACACUGUGAGGUCAAAUGCUGUGAACCGAAGCGCUGCAAGCCAAUAGCCAUAUGCCAAAGCGGGGAUCUAGCCGAUGCUGAAGCUGGUUGGUGAGACCCUGUGCAUGAAUCUUGCUUCUCCAAUGAUUGACUGAUGACAAUGCUCUUGUUGCUAGGUCUUGCAAAUUCAAUUAGCUGAGUUGUUGAAACGGAAUGCUGGGUGCCUCGUGGGAAAUGUCAUCUGUUUGGCUUUUGAUCAGUUUGCCUCUAGGAUAUCAAGGAUUAGGACAGCAGCAACUAGAUGUUGAUUUGUGUUCGAUGUUGAUGAAUGACAACAACAAUGCUGAGCAGAAACUACAACAUACAGUUAGACAGAGACAAGAAUUACUAUAGGUGGAGGUUGAGUUGAGACCACAGUUCAUUGCUCGAACUACGCUCCAGAAUUACAAAGCCCAGAUCAAUGACCAUGCCAAUGCUGCCUCCCAGCUUAAGGUGAUGCCUCCACUUUGGUACCGUGUGGACAGAAUGUGGUUUCCACAUCCAGGAAUUAUGCCUGGGACAAUGACAAGGCAACCUUAUCUCUGCCCUCUGGAUCAUGUUUUUGAGAUUAAUAUUAUGUUGAAAGAACAAUCAGAGGAAACUUUUGGCCCGAAAAUUGACAUCAGAGAGUAUUCAUUCGUGGAUAACCCAUUGGUGGUUCCAAAACAGGUAAAGGAGUCGUGGUUUGAUGUUCAACAAUGUCAAGAAGGAUCUCCAAAUUGUCAUGCAGUCACCAACACAAGUAGACCAGGAACUUUCAGAUUUCCUAAGAAUAGAAAUGAAGAAACGUGCAUUUGGGUGUUCUCCUCAUUUAAGGAUGUGAAAGCGUUACAGUUCUCUUCCCUGCAAGAUGCCUUCAGUGGUUUCUCUGACAAGGCAAUGGAAGAGACGUUUAGGAACCGCUUGGAAGCCUCUCCCACCAGGCCAUAUAUACUAUGACGUACUGGGAUGAGAAACCCGAUUGGAAGCUUCUCCACCAGCAACCCCAGCAGAUGACCUUCCCACCUUUCUAAGCGCUACUGACUUUUCCACAACAGUACUUACCAAGAAUGAUCAUAUAUGGGAACUGUUACUCCAAAAAAGAGGACCAUGGCAUGUUUUUAUAUCAUUUAUAGGCAGAAUUCCGUGUGUUAUACAACAGCACAAGAGCUCAUGUAGAAAACGUAUACAAUAUUUUUGUUGUGGAUAGAUUUUGAUGUUUUCCAAAUUGCAAAAUUGGAUGAUUGCAGUUUUGAUUCCAUAUUAAUAC